GUAUUAGAUGAACCCAGUAAGAGUGUUUCCUAUAAAAUUUAAUGAGUCACAAUAAUAAUCAAACAAUCAAUAAUCAAGUGCUAGUUCUCCAUUGCUAAAGAAAAAAUAAGUAUAAUAACAGCCAUCAGAAAGAUCAAAUGUUAUAAAUAUGUCUCCCGUGAUGUAAAUAAUAUGAGAUUAAUUUAGAAAUGGGCAAUAAUAAAAUAAGAGUAAAAUGCAACUGAAGAGAUAUUAAACUAUAAGCAAUGGAAUAUAAGAUGAUAAAGUGAAAAUAGUAAUUUCAAAUCAAUUAUGUUAGAUCCAACAAUAAAGAUUAUCUUAGGGAUAGCCAAUUAGUUAUUCUCCAAAGAAAAGAGUGAUCAGUUCAAAUUAUUAAGAAGUAUUUUUAAUUAAUAUUUAGGUACCCUCUCCUACAAAAUUACCGAAUUUAAAAAAAGCAGAGAAUACAUCAAGUUAGGAUAUUUUAUAAAAAAUCGAUUUAGGAUUAGCCCAAAAAAGAAGCAAAAGAACAGAUGCAAGCAAUGAAGUAACUCCAUCGGUAUAUUUGAAUUGAAUAUAUUUUUAGAGCAGAGCAUAAAUAAUCAAAUUACUUUAAGAUACUUCGCCUAAACAGAAAGUUAAUAACUCAAGAGCAAAAGUGGAAUCUCAAACGAUUGAUUAAGACACAAGCAUAAAACCAAGAAUGCCUUAGCAAAUGGUUAUGUUACAUGGAAGAUCAACGAGUUAGGCAACAUUAGUAAAUAAUCAAACGAAUGAAUAUGAAAUGCAAGAUUAUGUUCAAUUGUUCUUUUCAAAGUAUCAAUAUUAUAAAAUAAGGUCUCAAGCUGGUUAAAAUGGAAAUGGCUAAACAAAAACCAAUUAAGAUAGUGUUAUAAUUACAAAUAAUUUAGGCGGAAUCAAAAACAGGUAUAUUUUCUCGGUUUGUGAUGGGCAUGGUGUCUACGGCCAUUAUGUUUCUUAAUUAGUCAAAAGAGUGCUUCCAACCAUAAUAGAUCAAUAAAUUAAGACCUUCAUAGGGAAAUAAGAAUAAGAUAUAAGUGAAAACUACGAAUAAGAAAUUCAUAAGGUUUUGAAUUCAAGUUUUAAUAAAAUGACAAAGGACUUGUCGAAUUCUGGAAUUGAUAUUACAUUUAGCGGAACAACUUGUUCACUGGUCUUCCUAUCCGGACCUCAUUUGUGGUGUGCAAAUAUUGGGGAUUCAAGAUCUGUAAGUCAUUAUUCUAAAAUUAGAUCUUUAUUGAAUAACAAAAUUUCAAUAAAUGGCAUCUAGUAGAAUUAUCCAAUGAUCAUAAGCCUGAUUUACCUUCUGAGUUUAAGAGAAUUAUUUCAAAUCGAGGAAGAGUUGAACCUUAUAUCACAGAAAUAGGAGAAAAAAUAGGUCCGGCAAGAGUUUGGUUAUAACAUGAACAAAUACCAGGUUUAGCUAUGAGUAGAUCAUUUGGGGAUUAUGUUGCUUCAACGGUAGGAGUAAGUUCAGAACCUGAGAUUAUUCAUCACAAAAUGGAUGCUAAUUGUGCAUUUCUAGUAGUAGCAAGUGAUGGAGUAUGGGAAUUCUUUUCAAAUGAAGAAAUCUAAAAAAUCGUUAUUUCUCAUUGGAGUCCAAACAUGACAGCUAAAAAGAUCGAUGAGAUUUGCGAUAUUAUUGUUAGGGAAUCAACUAAAAGAUGGUAAGAAGAAGAUGAAGUUAUCGAUGACAUAUCUAUUGUUAUUGCUUAUCUCCAUAGAUAAUGAUAUUAUCUAUUCAUGUAAUGCAC